ACUUCAAAUUGUAUCUGAGAGAUCAGCCGGGAGACCUCAGGGCCAGGCGCGUCAGUCGGAGCGCAAUUGUUGAUCAGAUCACAUCCAGCGGACUUUGCGCGAGAAAAGACAGGAAGCCGAGAUUUAAGAGCGGGUUGUUUUUUGACUGCAUACCACUGUAUGUCUGUAGUAGCUGUGACUUUGGCUUAUACACCUUCCCUUCUCUCCUCCGGGUACUUUUUUUUGGUCUUUUUUCCUCUCGCAUACCCUUUUUACCCACACUUUGUCGGACGCUACAGCUGUGCGACAGUUCGGCGGUGGAGAUGUCUUUCCCGCAGCUAGGCUACCCGCAGUACUUAAGUGCCUCCCAGGCGGUGUACGGGGGCGAGCUCACGUCAGUGUUGGGCAUGUACGCCAACCCGUAUGCACACAACUACAGCGCUUUCUUACCUUACACCAGCGCGGACUUGGCUCUUUUCUCUCAGAUGGGAUCCCAGUAUGAACUGAAGGACAGUCCAGGCGUCCAUCCUGCCAGCUUCGCUGCGCACACCUCGCCGGCUUUCUAUCCAUACGGCCAGUUUCAGUACGGGGACCCAGCCAGGCCCAAGAACGCCACCAGGGAGAGCACUAGCACCCUGAAAGCCUGGCUUAAUGAGCACAGGAAGAACCCGUACCCAACCAAAGGGGAGAAGAUCAUGCUGGCCAUCAUUACAAAAAUGACGCUGACGCAGGUCUCCACUUGGUUUGCCAACGCCAGGAGGAGGCUCAAGAAGGAGAACAAGGUGACCUGGGGAAGCCGGAGCAAAGAGGACGGGGAGGACGGUAACUUGUUUGGCAGUGGAGACGAGGCGGAGAAAAACGAAGACGAGGAGGAGAUUGAUUUGGAGAGCAUAGAUAUAGACAAAAUCGACGACAACGACGGAGAUCAAAGCAACGAGGAUGAUGAUGACAAAUCAACGGAGGGGAACAGAGAUCACAGGGGCGGCGUUGGUGCAGGGGGAGAACUGGACAGCUUGGAGAAAAGAAGGGCCUUCGCCCUGCAGGCCCAUGAGGCCUUUGACAAAUCUAAGAGCACAAUUUCAGUUCACCCAGGGAGUAAGGAGAACUCGGACGGUAAUAACAACAACACCACAAGAGUUUUCUCUCCGGACAGACCCGGGAGCUUUCCUCUCCCUUCUAACAAUAAGCCUAAAAUAUGGUCUUUAGCAGAGACCGCUACUAGUCCCGAUAGUUCAUCUCAGAAACCCACGUCCCCUUGUGGCCCAGCGUCCACCACUCACCCACCAACCCCCCACCACCAGAUCCAAACCCAUCCGGCCUUCCUCCCCAGUCAUGGACUGUACACCUGCCAGAUUGGAAAGUUCCAUAACUGGACGAAUGGGGCUUUCCUGGGCCAGAACUCCCUGCUGAAUGUGAGGUCGUUUCUGGGAGUAAACCACCACCACAACCACAACUUG